CCUGGGGCUUAGGAUUUCGGGUCCUCCCAAUCAUAAAAGUCCUUUCACGCCUUGUAAACCCCCUUAAGGCUCCCGGAUAAAAGGGAAGAGGCCCUGUUGGCUCCCACCCCACUCUCCCUGGCUGUAGGUGCUUUCUCCGCCGCUACGCAAGUGUCAAAACACCAUUGUGUUGCAGCUAGAAGAGCAGUCUAGACUUCUGAGGAAAGACGCCCUGGAGCCAGUGCUGGAACUGAGGCUCCAAUAGGCCUUGGCCCCACCUGCUGGUGGCUUGUGGGCUAAGCUCUGAGAUGUAAAGUGGGGUAGAGGGAUGGUGGAGGAGGGUGGAGAAGGACUCAGAGUCCCAGUGACGAAAAAGGUAUCACACUACGGUGGGAAGCUUCGCGCCAGGGUCAGCAAUCUAAUUAAGAGUUGCAAGCUACAACUAGGAUCCAGCAGCUGGGACUCUUCCAGAUCUGAGGACUCAGUAGGAAUUGAGGAGCCUAUGUUUCAGUUUGAAGUAGGGAACUCAGCUGCUGCAAGGUUACGCCUAGGGCGGAGUCUUCAGGUAGGACCUACAGCGGCAUUCAGCCGAGGAUUAGAGAUCAGCAUAGUGCGAAGAAUUUUAGGCUUUUCGGUGGCCCAGCAAAGUUGAAACAAGGGGGAGAAGCGAGCUGACAUCCAACUGAACAGCUUCGGAUUCUACACCAAUGGUUCCCUGGAAGUAGAGCUGAGCUUACUGCGACUCAGCCUCCAGGAGACAGAAAAGAAGUUGCCAAAGGUGGGGUUCAGCUUGAGCAGAGUUCGGUCUGGCAGUGUCCGCUCCUACUCGAGACGGAACUCCCAUGAAUGCCCUCUGGAUAGAAACAGCAGCAACUUCCUGGUCCUGUUCCUCAUCAAUAUCAAGGACCUGCAGGUCCAAGUCCGAAAAUAUGGGGAGCAGAAGUUGUUCAUCUCCCCUGGCCUUCUCCCUGAAGCUCCCACCCAGUCAGGUCCCCCGAAACCAGACCCAGCAGGCACCCCCAAGGACAACCACGUCAUUCACCCAUCUCCUACAGAGAUGUCUGCAGUCAAGGAGAAUCAGACAGCGCCCCAGGUUUCAGGGGAUAAAACUACCCCAGGGGAACACAGGCACUCAUCCGAGAGACAGCCACCCACGCAGGACCCCAGUGGGAAGGAGAAGGAUCAGGUGUUGGGACUGGGCCACCUCAAUGACUCCUACAACUUCAGUUUCCACAUUGUGAUCAGCUCCAGGGCUGAGGAAGGCCAGUACAGCCUCAACUUCCACAACUGUCACAACUCCAUCCCAGGCCAGGAGCAGCCAUUCGACCUCACUGUGAUGAUCCGGGAGAAGAAUCCAGAAGGCUUCUUGUCAGCAGCCGAAAUCCCCCUCUUCAAACUCUACCUGAUCAUGUCUGCCUGCUUUCUGGCCGCAGACAUCUUCUGGGUGUCCGUGCUCUGCAAGAACACAUACAGUGUCUUCAAGAUCCACUGGCUCAUGGCAGCCCUGGCGUUCACCAAGAGUGUCUCCCUACUCUUCCACAGCAUCAACUACUACUUCAUCAACAGCCAGGGCCACCCCAUCGAAGGCCUCGCGGUCAUGCACUAUAUCACACACCUGCUGAAGGGCGCCCUUCUCUUCAUCACCAUCGCCUUGAUCGGCUCAGGCUGGGCCUUUGUGAAGUAUAUGCUGUCGGACAAGGAGAAGAAGAUUUUUGGCAUUGUGAUUCCCCUGCAGGUCCUGGCUAAUGUAGCAUACAUUGUUAUUGAGUCCCGUGAGGAGGGUGCCAGCGACUAUGGACUCUGGAAGGAGAUCUUGUUCCUGGUGGAUCUCAUCUGCUGUGGUGCCAUCCUUUUCCCGGUGGUCUGGUCCAUUCGGCAUCUGCAGGAUGCAUCCGGCACUGAUGGGAAGGUGGCAGUGAACCUGGCCAGGCUGAAGCUGUUCCGACAUUACUACGUCAUGGUCAUCUGCUAUAUCUACUUUACACGUAUCAUCGCCAUUCUGCUGCAAGUAGCAGUGCCCUUCCAGUGGCAGUGGCUGUACCAGCUCUUGGUGGAGAGUUCCACACUGGCCUUCUUCGUGCUCACUGGCUACAAGUUCCAGCCGGCUGGGGACAACCCAUACCUGCAGCUGCCACAGGAGGAUGAGGAGGACGUACAGAUGGAGCAAGUGAUGACAGACUCUGGGUUUCGGGAAGGCCUGUCCAAAGUUAACAAGACAGCCAGUGGCCGGGAGCUGUUGUGACUUCCCUGUGUCCAGUGAGCCGCCCUCAGACCUCCUGCACCUCGCACCCCUACACUUGUCCCAAGUGUGCAGGGAGCUGGAGGGGAUGCUGCGGACAAGGCAUCCAGGAUGUGGAUCCCCAAGGAGCCUUCAGAAAAGAUGCCCUCUCCUCACCAGGGAGCAAGCAGUUCAGCCUCUUGUGGUACAAUAAGGACCAGUCUCUUGACUUGGAGGGUUCUGAGUAUCUACGGCAGGCUGCAUUUAUGAUCUCAGUUCACGGGGUGGCACGUGCCUGUCAUCCCAUUGCUCUGGAGAGCCCGGGCUUCAUAAAACCUUGAUUAGUAAACAAAUAAAGAAAAAGUGGAAUUCCCAGUGAGGGGAGGACCACCUGUUGAGCUAAA